CUCUCUGUCCGGGAGGUAGCAAUAGUGAUAAAAUACUGUCAAAUCGAGUCGUUCGCGUAGCGUGAAAAGUUCUUAAAAUUUUUAUUAGUAUUCUGUGAAGCCGUCGAAUAGUUCGAUGAAAUGUUAGCGGUAGUUCGUAGUUUCGUUUCGUAAAUUCAUUGAUAAAGUAUGGAAGCGGAACGGCACAAUAUAUGAAAGCUUCGUGCCCAACAGCGGACACCUUUCGAGAUGCAUCACAAAGCGACCAUUCUGGUUGCACCGGCCCUCCAAAACAGCAGUUGCACUCACCCCCGCUACAGUCAGUUGACGUUCUUUUCCGCUCUCACCCCGGGAGAUGUAAUACAGGCGCUCAUCGUGCUGCUGCUCACUGUCGGAGUGCUCGCCGCCAAUAUGCUGCUCAUUUUGGUCAUCAACAGCAGGAGGUACUCCAAGUACAUCCAUUCCCAGCCUCGUUACCUGCUCACGUCCCUCGCUAGCAACGACUUCGCCAUGGGGUUGUUUGUGACACCCUUCGCUAUUGUACCCUCACUGCGACACUGCUGGCCUUACGGGGAGCUCGUCUGCCAAAUACAGGCGCUGCUGAGGGGCGCAAUAAGUCAACAGAGCGCUGUGAUAUUAAUCUGUAUGGCCAUGGACAGGUACCUCUGCAUGCUGCAUCCCGCCAGAUAUCACAAACACUCCAGCAAAAAGGGCUGCGUCGCCAUCAUAAGCAUGACAUGGAUCAUGUCCGUGACGCUGUUCUCGAUUCUGGUGCUGCCGCGCGGAGGUUACUACUUCAAUCCCACGGGAAUGAUGGCGUGCGAGCCUUUCUAUUCCCGGGCCUCCAUCAGGAUCCUGGCCGCGUGCGGGUUCUACUUCCCCACGACGAUGAUCCUGAUGUACUGCUACGGCUCGGCGUUUCACGUGAACAAGCUUAGGCUGAGGAGGGCGGGCGGGAACACGGUGGCCGGCCCGGAAGACUAUGGUGGCGCUAGUAUGGAGAAGUUGUCAAUGAUAGUUGAAAACCGCUCCAGAGGUCCACAAGAUGGACGCCAGUUCAUUCAUCUGGUGACUCAAGAGAGAAGACUGAGCACGACGGCCUCCAGGACGAUGGCGGCUAUGUCCUUGGGCUUCAUAGUACUCGUCACCCCCUGGACUAUCCAGGAAGUGGUGGCAGCAUGCACAGGAUCCCGCGCGCCAGCCUCCUUAGACUUCCUGGCCACGUGGUUGGCACUCAGUAACAGCUUUUGGAACCCCUUCCUGUACUGGCUACUGAACAAUCAUUUCAGAAGGAUCAGUCGGGAGCUUUUGUUUAGCAGAUUCUUCUGCAGAAAAUCGAAAGAACAGAAGCAACACCAGCAGCAGCACUGCUGCAGUAACAGCAGCUCCACCGUCGUCGGCCACACCCAAGGCUGUGACCUGGAGGGCCUCUCCGAGAAGUACUGGGGCGAGAUCCUGGAACGGACCCUAUCCUCCAGUUCCCUGCACGCCCUCCAGAGGGCCUACUCCCAUCCCAGAAUGGACCGGUGCAACGGACUCCAAGAGAUGCGCGUCUUCGACACAGCGGUGCCGGACUUAUGAAAAUUGGACAAGACCACGCAGACAUUUGACAUCAUGGUCAGCGAGAGCAUGGGAAGCUCUUGCGAGACGGCCACGCUGUCCAAAUGAGUGUGUGGUCGAUGCGUCCGUUGUUUGUUAUAGUAACCGUUGACGAGUGUACAUAGUCCUCUGUGAGCGUCCUCGAAUGUUUUGUACCGAUGUAAAAACUUCUCUGUCGUAAUAGGUUUGUUAGG